CAGAAGGGCAGGACCGCGUCCCCGGAGCUGCCUCAAGCAGCUAGCUCUUUAUUCAGACGGAGCAGUUUCUAUAUUUGGUUUAAACGCCAAAGAGAGGCUGGUUGAGUUUCGCCACUGAGGUUGCUCCAAGACCGCACGUGGAAAUCUGCGUCUGAAUCCGGAGGAAACGCAUCCAAGAAAGAGAAACCUGCCGACCCCCUCAGCGAAAGUGACGGACGGAGCAGAGCCUGAUCGCCGGGAUUUUUUAUUUUUUAUUUUUGCAUCAGUUUAGGAUAUUCCAGGCUGCUGCUUUGGCCCUGCCUGGAUUUCGUUCAGAGUAUAUCAACACAAAAAUUGCCUGAAUCAUAUUCCUAAACAUUUACGUUUGCAAUCUACAUUUUUUUUUAUAAAUUGUCUAUAAGAAGGAGACGGACCCGUGCGUAAUAACAGCGCUGGAUUUUUGGAAUACUGCGUAAAACAGUCCAGUUUUUCAUUGUUUGGAAGUAUCCUCAAGCGACAGAAAAGAGCGAGUGUUUCUUUUCACUUUGCUUUCAGAGGUUAAGCGCUGAAAAACGAGAAGCGCUUCUCGAUGCGCAAUCCUUCCGAGGACGCUUCUGAGAGACUCCGCCGACCUGCGCUCUUAACCUCCACAUUCUAUCGGCAGCCAAGUCGAGCUGAUAAAAGGGAGGGAAAAAAAACAGAGGGCGAAGCUUAUUAACUUUGCAUGCUCAAGGCGAGAUUGUGGAAUCUUUAAUUUUUGCAUACCACUGGAAGACGAGGAUAAACUUAAUCAGCAUUGAAUCUUUGCAGAGAAGCAGCAGCGGCAGCUGGAUUUCUGGGGGGAAAGCGGAAUGAAUCCUUUUUAAUUUGGCCCAAAGAAGAAUGAGGCAGAUUGCUUAACGAUUGCAUGGAGUUCUAGUCUGUAAUAAGGAACAAUUUAUGGUUGUCCGCAGAACUCCCCCGGUUGUAAUACUGUGCCCACCUCGCCAUGCUGGCCUGUCUGCAGAGGAGGCAGAACCCCCCGCCCCAGCACCCGGUGUGUGCCAGCAAGACCUUGGAGCCGCCGCAAGUCCUCGGACGGAAAUGUGACCUGGUGGUACCUUCACCUUCCUCACGGUACCCUACAGCAGCAGAACUCGAUGCUUAUGCUCAGAAGACGGCGAACAGCCCACUGUCCAUCAAGAUUUUCCCCACCAACAUCAGGGUUCCCCAGCACAAGCACCUUAACCGGACUGUGAACGGAUAUGAUACCACAGGGCAGCGCUACAGCCCUUACCCCCAUUUCCACACAGGAGGGUUCCAGGGUCUCCUUGCCAUUGUCAAGUCCUCAUCAUCGUCAUCCACCUUUGGUCAUUCCAAAGGUGUUCUCAAGAACUCAGAAGGCAGACGGACUAAGCUCUCUCCAGCUCACAUAGCUGUUGCCCCAUAUCCACCCCCUAAUAGUAGCACUUUAGCCAGCAGUCAUGGCCAAAUGGUAUACCACUCUGGGCCCUCAAAGCCUCCAGAAGGCUCUGGACAUUCAGUACCCCCAAAUGUCACUGUGGCUGGCUCUGUGAUUCCUGUAACCGGGGGCCGAGGCCUGUCCCUGCCUGCACAGUCUAAUCUCCCCUCCAUUCAGAGUAUCAUCUAUCAGAUCAACCAACAUUGCCAGGCUCAGGCCCUGCAGCAGGUGUGUCACGGGGCUUCCACUGCACCAACAAAUUCCAGCCCCUCCAAGCAGGUCACAGCAGUCAUGGGGGUCGGUUCGAGCUCCUCAGGUGGAGGCUAUGUCGUAGGAAUGGGUCCCCAGGCUAACAUGGUGUACACGGGAUCAGGGCUGCCAGCGCAAAGUGCAGAAGUAAUGAAGAGCGGCGUGUACGCGGAGGGUAUGGACUACAUCCUGUGGCAGAAACAACAACAGCAACAGCACCAACAGCAGCAACAACAGCAGGCCGUCCUCCGCAUGUACAGUGGAGGCAGCGGAGGAGGGGGCGCCAUCAGCAAGUCCCCCGAAACCUGUAUUCCAGGUGGGGGAAUCAUGGCGGCCCAGGUGUCCUCCUCCUCCUCUUCCAGACCUUACCACCUGACAGCGAGUGCCAGCGGCGGGGGUGGGCUUGACAAAGUCAGCUCUUCCCCUUUGAACUGUGUGGGCAUGCACGGGAAUUUCUCAGUGGGUCAGUACUUUGCACCACCGUGGAACAGUGUGCUGGUGACGCCCGACAGUGACUGCUACAACCCCCAGGAGCUGCUGGGCACCUCCACGGGAGGUCCGGCGACGGGCCACAGAGAAAUGGGCUAUCCUCACCACCAUCACCACUACCAUCAUCACCACCACCACCCUGCCGUUGACAGCGGUGGGGGUCUGUGCUGCAGCCUGCCCAGCAAGAGCCUGUGCAACACCUCAGUGCUGAGCAGCAGCCUGCAGUCUCUGGAGUAUCUGAUCAACGACAUCCACCCUCCCUGCAUCAAGGAGCAGAUGCUCGGCAAAGGCUACGAGACUGUGUCGGUGCCGCGGCUGUUGGACCACCAGCAUGCACACAUCCGCCUUCCUGUUUACAGAUAAAACGGACGGGUGGGAGGGAGAAGAGGAGGAAAUUAAUCAAGAAUUGUGAAUUUAUGAAGAAAAUCAAGACAGAGAUGCUACGGGACUGUUGUGAGUGCCACAGCUUUAACGAUCGUGGCAUCUUAGAGAAGAGCAGUUGCUGUGCUGUGUAACCGUAGAUUUUCUGGUUUUAAAGCAGGCUGUGGGGGAUCCCUAACACAAGAGGUAGUAGUUACUGCCAGCGGGAUGGAAAAGGGAUUCCAAGAUUCUCCUGAUGUUCCAUUGUGUGGUUUGCCAAUAGGAUUUUUGGAUUAAUAAUUUUUUUUUUUUUUUUGCUUUGUUGUUUUAUCUUCUUAAACAGUUUUUUUUUUUUAUGAGAAUCAUAGCUUGACAUGAAGUGCAUACGCCACUUGUAUCUCCUCUCCAAAUACUAAGGAUGAAGCUACUGUGUAGGUUGUCACUGAAAUGGUCUUAAAGGGCCAGUGCUUAGGGCUGCUUUUAAAACCCAAAAGUCAGUAACAGUACAUACGUACAGAAAUGUGCUGAAAAAACCAGAAGAUUACUAGCAGUUCUAGGGUGUUCUUAUAAAAAGGAUCACAAGGUUGAAUCUAAAAGGGUAGUACAAUAUUAGUUAUUGUUGCUGUUAUAAUUGAUAAAUUAAUUGCACUGCUUGAAUUUUGUUAACUUUGAAGUUUGGAAUUGGGUAGUUUGGAUAUGAUAUAUUUAAGAAACUUGAAAAACUUGAACCUAUUUUUUGUUGUUUGAUAUAUUUGUAGGUAUAUUAUAUGUAUUGGCUGCUACAAGGAAAAGUGUCUCAACUGUUUGUUUUUUUUUAUCUUAUUCUAUUGUUUUCCUUUUUUCGUCACUAUGAUUUAAAAUUUCCUCCUUAAGCUGACGUGCAGUCUCUUAUGUUCUGACGUGAGACAGAGUUGCUGCUUUGGUUCUGUAAGAACCUGAACGGAGAGCUCUUUUUUUGUUUUCCUAACCAACACUGGAACCGACAAUAAAUUUCAAAAUACUUAUUUAAAAGAAAAAAUGUUGCAAGAAAUACGAAAAACAAAAAGAAAUGUUACAGUGAAGAAUGUGACUGGGAGGGAACAGAGAUAACCUUAUGUUUACGGCAGCUUGUAAAGGUGACGUUUGACAUUUUCGCUUUUCUUCACUGUUCGACCCCAAAUCUCAUAAGUUUUAUUUUGAUUCAUGUUUCAGAUCAAAACAAAGUUGUACCUAAUUGGGAACUGAUUUUACUUUUUUUUUUUUAUUACAAAAAAAAUGACACUUAUUCUGUCCGUGUAGAAGAAAAGCAUACCUAUAUGAUGAAGCUGCCACCACAAGAGCAUGUUUACUGUGUCCCAUACACAGCUUCUGGCAAACUGCAGAUGAGAUCUAUUUUUUUUUCAGCAAAGGGUUUCUUCUCAUUACCCUUACACAGAGUUUGUGGAGCACAUGUCUAAUAAUUGUCUUGUUACCAGAUUUUGAUCUCCACCGCUCCUCCAGAGUUAACAUUGAUCUCUUGGCUGUUUUAUUUUAUUAAUGCUCAGUCCUCUGUGGCUCUUUCCAAAUGAAGAAUAUUUUUUUUAUAAUCUAAAUUUCCCAUCACUCAUUCUUUGACCUAUCUGCUUUAUUCUUGGUCUUCAUGUUUGUGUUCAAAUGUUCUCAAAAAACUCAUUUAUGAGGUCUUGAGCAGAUGACUGACAUGGAAUUAAACACAAGAGGCUCAAAAAUAUUUUAUCUUUUUACGUCACAAUCAUGCACUACUUUGUGUUGAUCUAUCACAUAAAAUCUCAAUAAAACACCUUGAAAUUUGUGUUUGUAACACGAAAAAUGGUUUUAAUGUUAAAGGGAAUACCUUUACAAGGCGCUGUAUGUUGAAGCGUGUAUGCGGCAGAGUGCAUGUGUGUUUGUACCUUCUUAGUUUGCGUUCUUCAAAAUCCUCAGACUUUUUUUUAUUUUAUUGUGUGAUUACCAGACUUUUCCAGCGAGACUGACCGACUGAUUCAGCAGUCCCAUAAACAUUAUGACAAACAUUAUGACUGAGUUAUGUACAGGAGAUAACUUGCUUCUUUUUAUUGGAGGCUUUAGAUUUUCUGUGCAGGUGGAGUCAUUUGACUCCUUUAUUGCUGCACUUACAGCAGCUGUGAAAACAAAUUAGAUCGUGCUUUUGGGGUACUUUAUUGUUGCAAACGAGUACAAAACGAAAACAAUCAUGCCCUGUCUUUUUCUCUUUGUUACCCAUUUCAGGUACGGGUGGGCGUGCAGUUGGCCCAGGCCAGUCUUAACUUUGAUGAUUCAGAGCAGUGAAAUAUUCAUUAUGACUCUGAGAUUUCCCCGAAUGCACUGCACUUAAAUUACCACAAUAUGUUGUUGCCUUGUGGGACCCGAGCGGGUGAGAAAAAUUGUAUCAGUGCAGUGGCUCUCUGGUCUUAAAUUAGCAUUUCUUUUGUCAGUCAAAUUUCAGCGGCAAAUUGAAUUUAUUAACUGGACAGAAUGAGAGAACGGGGAGCUUUGUUGUGGAGAAAUACUGGCAUCGGUCUAGAUUUAUGAAGUGCAAUUAUAAUGACUGUAUUAACAUUUUUUUCUCUGAGCUUACACCAAAAAAAAUGUAAACUACAGUUUUCAAUACAUUCCCAAUGUACCACAUCCCCAAUCUUUAUCUCUGGUUUCUUUGUUUUGAUUUGUUCUAAGGUGUAAAAUAAAUUCCUUUAAGAAUAUAUUCAGAAGCCAUACCUUGGCUAUGAAGUCUGUGAUUAUUUUUCUUCACAUUUGCUCUCUGGAGGCCAGUGGGAUCCUGGGCCUUUGUUGUAGUAGGUCUACUAGACCUGUAGUGUAAUCUGACGUGUGAUUCCUUAUUUAUUAGAACCUUGUAUUUUUGAUUGAUUUUCUAAAUGUUUAGACUUUGGCCAUCCCGAUAGAAAAGGAGAAACAGUGCUGCCAGAUAAAGUUGUUUUGUUUUUUUCUUAAAUAAAACUGUUGUAUGGAUUAUGGAAGAAAACAGGGGGGACUAAAAAGUGUAAUAGGAAAUUAAUAUCCUUUUAUUGUUACUUUUUGCAAAAACCUAUCCAAACGCUCAUCGUUACAUGUCGAACUGGGGCUGAUUUAGGUUUUUGAUGGCUGACAGAUAUUCCAGACUUGAAGAAUAAAAGCCUCUUGGCUUAAAUUUGCAUAGUAAAACCUCAACAUUGCAGAGAUGCAUUAUGUUUCAGCAGCCAAAUUCUUUAGCCACAGUCUGAUUCCAGCAUAUUUUCUGCGUGGUAGAAGUAUUUUGACAGAUUUACACAUACGUCCCAUCCCCAAAUCCUUUCCGUUUGACUUCUGCAUCCAAGCAUUAAACCCCGUCACAUGAUGUUGCUGUGAAAAGGGAGAUGUUUUAAGGCAGUGGAGUUUCUAGCGUCUGCGUCUCUCCCAUCCCCCUAAACCAGUGGAGAUCUGAGGCACCAGGCCUCCUCAGCUAACAGAAACGUUACAUGACAUCUUGGCUACUGGACAUUGCCGUUCGAGAUUGUCGACCGAAAUCAAACCCAUCGCAAGGGAUUUCAGAAGAGAGAUGCAGAUCAAAUCAUUGACUCACAUCUUUCCACAUUACAACCAUAAACGUUAGGAAGUUUUGCGCGACAGACACAAAUUAGUGCACAGUUGUGAAGAGAAAAAAAGAGAUUUGAUUUCAACGUUUUACAUAAAUGAAAUUCUAAAAGGUGUGUUUUGUAUUCUCAUUCAUACCAGCCAAGUCAACGCCGUGUCGAGACUGAGACUGUCUAUGCUUUGAACAAGGCCUUUGUAAAUUCAAAUCUUGCUGCAUAUUUCAAAAUUGAUUUUGGUCUGGACUUAGACUGGGCCAUUGAAAUCCUUUGAUCAUACCCACUUGCGUUAGCUGUGUGUUUAGGAUUGUUGUCAUGCAGGGAUGUGAACCUCAAUCUCUAAACAUUAGCCGUCUCUAACAGACCUUGUCGUGUCUUUUUCCAUCUUCCCCCCAACUGUACAAAGCUUCCUUGAAGAAAUGCAUCCCCACAACAUGAUGCUGCUACCACCAUGUUUCACCCUGGGAAUGGUGUGUCCAGGGUGAUGUGCAGUGUUAGGUUUUAGCAACCAUGUGUGCAUGAGGACAAACAGUUGAAAUCCCUCCACAUAUCUGCAGUGCGCCCUAAUCGUGCACUGGAUUUUACUUAGAGGUAUCAAAGUAAAAUGAACUAAACACAAAAUACACAUCACACUUUUGAGAAUUGUAUUUAAAAGAUAAACAUGUAGCAUUUUUCUUCCAGUUAUCCACGGCUUUGUGCUGCUUUAUCAUCUAAAAGACAUUGGGGCUUGUAGUGGAACGAAAAGGUGAAAAGUUCAAAGGUUCUGGCAAAACAUAACAAAAAUGGCUCCACAAAUGAGAGUUUCAAAUCAUUUUUAUGCAACCCAGGCUGGUCCAGCAUCCCCUCCUCCCCUUGAUCACUUCUUCUUGAAGCACAGGCUCCCAACUGUCUGUCCCUCUGCUCCUUCACACACAUUAAUGAGCCUCUGUUGAAGGCACGCAUCUUAGCCCUGCAAUUCUGCUCCACUCCUCUGUUCCUCAUUCGGACAAUGGACGCUCAGCUCAUAUUAGGAUAAUAGAAUUAAAUUUCAAAUAGAUUUGUGCCUGGGCUGAUCCAGCCACGGCUCACUCAGCUGCAGAGGCAGAGUGGCAUAUGGCAGGUUCAUUAUCUAAAGCCCACCCUUCCUCCACCUUCCCUCCUCCCCCCAUCCAGGGCCAACAGGGUUCAGCGGCGCUUAAACAAACCGAAGGUUAGGACUGGCUGGCGUCGGAGGGGAGGACAGCAGGGUCUGAGUGGUGGUGGUGGUUGGGAGGGAGGCGGGCGGGUGAUGUUGCUAUAUCACAGACGCCACAGCAUCUCUGAGGGCCUGAGUGCCACACCAUGGCGCCCCGGCUUGUUUUAAAAGCCAGGCUGCGAUUGAUGGAGGGGGAUUUGUUUUCUGUUGGAUUAUACAUGCUCGCUCCCUGCUUGACUGAGGGGCCCUGUGCAAUCUGACAGAGAAAAGAAGGAAUGAAUAAAAAGAAAAAAGGAAGGAUGCAGAUAAUUUUUGACUCAGAAAAGCCUCAAAGCAGUGGUAAUCAGGAUAAUUGACACGUUCCCUCAAAUAUUUGACUGGAGACUUAAUGUGUCUCGCUUUUCUGCAGAGAAAUCCUCUAUUUUCACUAACCAGAGAAACAUUUCAACUCAUCUUGUUCUGUGAAUGAUUAAUCACAGCAACACCGCCUUCUGAUCGAGGACAUUUAAAUCUAUAACUUAUCUCUGAGGCUACAGACCUCUAUUGACUGCUAACACAUUCUCAAGGGCAAUGAGAGACUCAUGGAGGAUGGUUGGAGGGCAAAGUGUAGGAAAAGUGACUUAUGCUGGCUGUAAAAAUCCCUUAGUAAAUCCCAAUAAGUCCAUUAAGACCUUUGCCCUGUAUAAAGGUUUAUAGUCGCAUAUUAUGCACCUUAAAUACUGCUGAGAAGCAAAUGGGGAAGCAGACUCAGCUCUUUUGCUCUCAGAACGAAGGGGGGAGGAGAAAGAAAAGGCAGCUGCUUGCCCUGUGGAGUGUUGGCGGCGCUUCUCCAACCUCCACACGACGGGUGUGGUGAGGGUCACUCCAGUCAUGUCCCUCCUCAAUCGGGGCUCUUGUCUUCGAUCCUCCUUAGGAUCUGAGAUUGGAUGAAUUUAUGACACCAGUUCUCUCUGUUUCCCUCAUACCUGGCAGGAAAACACUUCCAUCAAUAAUUCACACGGUCCGGGAGAGAAUUGUGUCUCUAAACCACCAGCUAUAACUGUGUUGCACUAUAUGUCUUUGAAGAUGUGUUGCUUUUCUUCCCAAAUCUCUGAGGUCAAAAAUGUGAAGGCAUAGGCUUGUUAGUGGCACCAAGGUUUUCAGAAGCAACAGUGAUGUUCCUAUGGUUUUAAAACGGAUACCACUUUACUGACAGCAGAGAAAGUGAAAUUCUUUUCUCAGGCUCAAUGGAGAAAAACCUGCCCCUCCCACACGUGUUGCUGCACAUUGUCUGUCAUCUGGCUGAAAGAGGGUUUUACACUUCUCCUAGAUCAAGGCGGAAAAAAUAGGCUCUUAGGAAAUGUUUAUUUCAAAAAACAAAAACAAAAUGAAAUAAGCUCUACCCAUCAUUGUUUGUAAUUUAACGGUGACUAUAAAUUACAAAUGCUAAGAUCUGCUUGUAAACUACAGGCUAGCUAUCCAAGCAGCUAAGUGUCGAUGUGUCAAGCGUGAGUGAAUUGCCUCUAAGAGACAAAUCUUCAGCUGCUUCUUCUCAGCUCUUCUGACAGUCCAUGCAGGCAGGACUUUACUUUGAUCAGUGCAAGUGGUUUGAUGAUGAAGACAGCAAAUAUAAAUUCCUAAAUUUAAAAUCAGAUAACGAGUAAAUCUGCUCAGAUACCUGUGAAUUUUUGCUCUGUUGUUCAUUUUAAAGUUUUACUAAAUUGUUAAACGAUAGUAAAAAGAAAAUAAUAAUAAGAAGAAAUUUUAUCUAAAAGCACUAAUUAUAAAAUGUGUAUCAUCACAAACUGUUUAGAAUUAGAAAAUUAGGUCAAAACAGUGAUUUGAUGAUAUUCUGCACGUUAAGCACUUAAAAAAAACUAAGAAUUUUUGCUUAUGUUUAGGGAUCCACUUCAAAGUGCAAUAAUUAAAUGAUAAAAAUAUCAAACCUGUUAUAAUCACCCAGUACUGGAGGAGAUCAUGUAAUACAUUUUUUAAAAAAUAUUUGUGUUUUUAUUGUGUACACCAUGGUGAUGUCUCUUAUAAGUUAGAGUCUGCUACGAGCCAUUGUUUGGACAGAUGUGAGCAUCACAGAUGUUAAAUAUAAUUUUUAUAAACUGUGCAUUGAGGCAAAAAAAAAAAAAAAACUUAACACACCGAGCUGAAUUUUUUUCCCCUGAAGCCACAACUUCACAGCAGGGUGUUCCCAGAGCUUACACCCGUUUUAUUUCUGUGUAUGUUUAAAUGAAAAAGCUUAUGACCUCCACAUAUUCAUCUGGUCUGCACAGCCGGUCUAUUACUGAAUCCAAUCUAAACGCAAAAGUCUGAGGAUUUUGCCUUUUUUUUCUCUCUCUCUUUGGAUUCUUUUAUGGUUUGUGAGGCAGUUUCUGUGUUUUCGUCCUUUUUUUCCCCCCCAGAUGAUCUCAAGUGCACCAACGCUGCCAAAGUACGAGGGUGCCGCAACCUUGAGAAAAUAAUAUAUAUGGAAAUGGGAAAUCUAUAAAGCAUCUCUCUUAUUGUUUUCCCUGCAGUACUGUGUUUUAAAAAAAUGGUUUUGUCUCCUCAGGAUGAAAAAAAUGUAAAGAGUACAAUGCUUCUUUCUUCUUUUCAAACAAUAAUGAUAUACGAGUCUUAGAUUUCGAAAAAGAAGUCUGAAUAUAAAAAGAAAAGCUGUAAAAUCCUUUAGUCGUGGGGGUUUUCAGCUUUUGAAUGUGCCUACAGCCAAGCAUCGCAGUGACGGCUUACCCUCUCCAGAUCUGCAACCAUCAUCUUCAAUUUGCUGAAACUGCCACAGUCACUCCUCCAUCUCAACCAUCACAGGAGACAUUUUCUCUGCUCCCUGCUUUUUGUCAAUCUCAGGACUGGAGUUUCUUUACUUUAAUGUAGAUUGGCUGUUUUUCAUUUGACCUUUCCUCUCUUAUGUACAAUGUUUGACAUAAGGAAAUAAAGCAGAUGACUUCUACGUCCGUCUUCUUUCUUUUUUUUAUUCACAUUUUAAGACACAGGACCGAAGCGUCUGAUAAAUGAAGGUAAGCAUAUUAGUCUGAGGAUUGCCUCUGAACUUCACCGCCAUAUGCCCGACUCAACAAUCUUGUUGUUCACUUGACCUCCUUCACCUUUACAGCGGUAACAACCUCACCUCAGGGAAACACAGGCAGAAAAACGAGGGACAGAAAUGGUUUUAUUUUCUGGGUUGUGCUUUGGAGACAGUUCUUCAGCAGUGGAAAAGGGAAGUUGGGUUACUAAGAAUGCAAUUUACAUAUGUGGGCAAAAAGAGGCAAGUACUCCAGAAACAACAGGUGCAGUAUCCCAUUUUUCAAACCUGCUACUGCAGCAAUGGGAGCUCAAACUGUAGCUUGCUGUUCUAGAUAUUUUGCAACACAAAGCUUUGCAAAGGAAUUCAUACGCCUUGAUCUGUUUCCACAUUUUAUCACUUGACAACCUCAAACUUCAGUGGGAUCAGUGUUUAAGACCAACACAAAGUAGUCUAUAAUGGUGAAAAGGAGGGAAAAGGGUGUAACAUUUAUAAAUUAACUUAUUAUAAAAAUCUACAUUAAUAAAAAUAGGAAAAUUGUGGCUUCCAAAUGUGUUCAGUGAAAUGAGAGUUAAUACAUUUUUAAACCACUUCUUGCUAUGGUUUAUGCUUUGAUUAAAUUGUUCUACUAUAGCUCUGGCUCAAUGUUUAUGGUUGUUGUCCUGCUGGAAGAUAAACAUUAAACCCUAUUCUCAAGCCUUUUGCAACCUCUGACAGUUUUACUUCAUGAUCUUUAUGUCGCUCCAUUCAUCUACCCAACAACUCCUGUUUUCCGCCCUCGUUCAAGAAAAGCAUCCCUGUUUGCUGUGUCCCAAACUGCAAAGAAUCUUUUACGUUUUAGCUGUGGUUAGCGUUAAAGCAACUGGCAACACUUUUUAUUUAGGGUAACAGAGUAAAGAAGUGGUAGAAUGCAUACAGAAAUGUUCAGUUUUUUAUUCUUCUGUUUUACUACUAUAUGCUACUUUCUUUCAGUUUAUCACAUAAAGUCUCAAUGAUAUAAUGAAAUUAAAAAGCAUGUUUGCUUGAUAUUUAAAUAAAAUGCAUAAUGACAGUCUUUUUUUAUUUUCUGUAAUAAUCUCCGUGUUUAACAGCACAGAUAUCCUCAAGAACUCAGCAGAGAGCCUUCCUGUUCUCUCUCCUAGUGUCUCUGCCCACCGAAAACACCAGAUAAUCCCCAGACUGAUGAGGCAGCCGCCUCCACCAGAGCAUGCGGUGGUACUGGGAGACACCGCACACUGAUUUCACACACACUCGCUCACACAGAAAAAGAGCUCUGUGGAGCAGAAAUGCUUCACUUAUUAGCAAAACUCAUUCACCUGCAUGCCACAUUGAGUCCUUGGCAAUUUCACAAUAAAUCACAAGAGACGCCCACCGAGGCCGGCGGAGCCGAGCUGACGCUCUGCCACGGCCGCGCCCUCGCCUGUCAGUUUAGACACUCUGAAUCAUUUCGGGUUCACUGGCCUCAUUUCAUCUCAUAUGGACUGAAAGGUCAUCUCACAUGCCACCUGACCAAUAUGUCUCUGGCUCUUCAUCUCCCAGUGCUUCCAGUGAUUGCUCAUUCUAUUUAGAAAUGUCACUCUUCUUGGCAGAAAUAUUUUGUUGGGAAGAAUUAAAGAUGAAAGUCAGAAAAAGGGGGAUCGCUUGUUUUUCUGCAGAGACAAGAUGUCAUUUUUAUACACAUGCAGUGUCCUGAAAGAGGUUAAUACCUCCUAAAAUGUUCAACAUUUAUAUAUUAUGUAUUUUUAUGUGAUAGACCAAAACAAAGUCCAGUCAGGAAACUCAUUCUAAUUUUUUAAUGCAUAUUUAUGAGCCAAUUUAUUAUAGUUUUGAGUUUGUGGUCCAGGAUCCAUUCUCAUUACUCCGUGGAGAUGCGUUCAACAAGUUAUGCAGUAGUUAGUGGAUCUUUGCACUCUGAAUAUGUCUUAUGCAUGUCAGGAGCUGAGGAGAGCGUCUCUGACCUUGAGGCCUAAGCGGGGUGCUGAGGUUUUUAGAGGGGCUGAAGAAAACCAGGCAGAAGCUGCCAGCAGCAAAAACAGCAUGCAGGAAGGAAGCAGGGAGUGAAGUGUUGAGUACAUUAUUUCAUUAGACCAGCCAAAUUAUUAAGAGAUACUUUUCAGCAUGUAAGACAGAUUAUGGGUAAAGCAGCAGCACAGACAUGUUGACUGUCUGAGCAAUAGCUCCAAAAAGCUCUGCUCUCAUUUGUCCACUCCACAAAUCUGGCAUUUAUGAAAGAGUGGCAAGACUGUUGAAAAGCAUAAGAUGUCCUGUUUGUGAUUUGACACAAACUACUGUAUAAAGGUAAAACAGCAAAAUGUAGAAGAAGGUGCUCUGGUCAGAUGAGACCAAAUCUGAAAACUUUAACCUAUAAAACAGUGGAUGGUAGAAAACUAAGACCCUCAACCCACCAUCCCCACCUUGAUAGUGGCAGCACUAUGCUAUGUGAGUGCUUUCUUAAAGAGGGAUAGGAAGCUGGUUGUUAAUGGGAAGAUGGAUGGAUCUAAAUACAGGCCACUACAGGAAAAAAUAAAUAAAUAAAAACUUGUUGGAGGCUGUAAAACGCUGGAAACUAGACCAGAGGUUCAUCUACCAGCAGCACAACAACUCUAAAAUCUGCAGUAAAAUGGUUUGGACUAAAGCAUUAUUUACUUGUUAGAAUAUUCAAUUCAGAGUAAGAACUGAGAGUCUACUGUAAGACUUUACCUAAUGUUCACAGGCUCUCAAUCCAGUUUGACCACGCUUAGCUGUUUUGCAAAACAGACAAUAUUUCUGUUUCAGUAGCUGUACAAAUCUGAUAGACACAGUCUCUCAGACUCGCUGAUGAAAUUACUGUGAAAGGUGGGUCUACAAAGUAUUGACUCAGAUGAACACUUUACCUUCCCCUUCACAGCCAUGCAUUCUUUUUGUUUGUCUACUUAAAACGUCUCCAAUGAAAGGUAUGUGGUUGUAUUAUGACAAGAUGUGAAAGUUCAAAAUGGCUCAAUGCUUUUCCUAAGCACUGUAAGUUGGUUUAAAUGAUUGUUCACAGUGAACGGUAAGAUGUGAGUCUGUCCAUCAGUCUGAAAUGUUGUUUAGUUAAAAAAAGAGGGAUUUAGCAUAAGUCCAGUCUUGUGUCCUCAUUAGACCAGUCAGCCUAAACAUCUUAAAGCCUAACUGGCUGAACAAUAGCUGAACAAUUUGUCCUUCCAAAACCUAAGCUAGUUAGUCACCAUCAGACCUCCUGGCUGAGGGAGUAAACUUUCCCUUCUGCGCGGUUACCAAACAAGGGCCGUUACAACACAGUCCCGUCUGGCUGUCACUUGGUUCGUUGAGACACUUUUGUGGCAGCCAGCAGACGCCUGCUGCAAGCAGACGAGCCAUUUUGUUAACAGCUCACACUUCCUGUGCAAGCGUGUGGUUCCAGAGUUGCUGACAGUGACACUUGCAGGACCGAGCCCUGCCCUACUUAACGGGGUAAAGGGAGGAGGGCAGGCCAAGUUGUCAGCAGUGCUAGGUGCUCACUGCUUAGAUAAACCUGCAGGAUUAGUGGCCCAGUUAAAGUUGGGGCAAAGAGGAUUAGCCUCUUCUCGGAGGUGGUGAGAGAUUCCCUGUGUCCUUCAGCGCUGCUGGCCUCAGACGCAGAUGGGAGAGAGGAGGAGGAGGAUGUGAGAUGACGGAUGAGGCCUUCGCCAUCAUGAGUGUGAAAAUCUUCAGAGGAGGAGGAAAAACAAGGUGAAAUGAUGAAAGGCAAAAAGGAAUGAACCAGUUUGUAGUUUUUUAGCAGCUCACAGUUCUGUUAGGAAGAAGGAAGAUCGCUGAGGACACCUGAGGUCGUCUGGAAGAACUAUUCCAAAGAAGCAACAUCCUCUACACAUUGAGCUUUCAAUAUUUGCAGCUGAAGAUUACAUUUAUUAUAUCUGUGUCAAAAAACAGCACAGCAGACAAAACACACGACUUUUCAGUCUGUAAAAUGUUUAGACCUCUGCCGCCAUCAACAGACCAACAUUGAAAUUGCAGUCAUAUUAAACGACGAGCUAACUUUUUUCAGCAUUAGGAUUUAAUUACAUUCUUUAUAAAUGAUUUCAUAAUUGAUAGCAUACUGUUUCUUGCAAAAACUGUCAGACUUGUAAGCAAGCUCGAUUUCUUUAUUCAAAAGAGGUUUAAGGGCACAUUUUAGUUGAUAGAAAAGGUUUAUCACUGAUAAAAUAAAAAAAUGUA